GCGGCGGGCCCGCUCGAUACCCGCUGCGGCCGGUGGCUUCCCGCGGGAGCUCCCUGCUGGCCGCCCACAGGGAGAGGGAGCGAGGCGCGGAGCUGUCCCCGGGCCGCGGCCGUGGCAGAAGCUCCCCCAGAUAUGGAUAACAGACGUGAUGAGAAAUGUGGAACGCCAUGCGCUACAUCACAAGAAGAGAUGAAAGUCAGAGGGAAAGACAAGAGAAAGCGAAAACGCAGCAGAAGCAGAUCAUCAUCCAUUUCAUCAGCAUCAUCUGCUAGUACUACUACUGCAUCCUCCUCGUCCUCUUCAUCAAGAUCUUCCUCUUCUUCAAGCAGCAGAAGCAGUUCAAGUGGCAGAGAUAUGCCCUUGAGGGCCACCUCCUACGCACCGGCGGAGCGCCUCCAUCAGAUAAGGAGGCGAACCAGAAGGAGUAAGGAGGACAUAUUUAGAGAACUGCUGCAAUCAACUGAUGCUGCAGACAGCGAGAGCAGAGCAUGGAGAGAGACGAUCAAUGAAAAACUUAGAAUGGAUAGCCAGGAGAGGAGACGGGGGCAAGAGCGGAUGAUAAAGCUGAUGGAGGACCAAACAGAAAUGCUGAGGUCGCUGAUUACUCUGCAGGCAGAGCACAUCCGUGCUCAACUUCCCCUGUAGCCUGUACAGAAUUGCAUUCCAUGCCAUCCCCGAACUCCCCACACACAUUCCUUGCAUGUUCCCAGCCCAUCGCAGUACCCCUUGCCCUUGACUCCUAGGGAUACGUUUCAUAAUGACAACUGGACUUGCUCAUAGCUGUGAGAGCCUCAUUUGAGACAGUACUCCUCAGGGUCAUGUCCCAUGUAGGAAAUGGAAAUCUGUGUAUUGCUGUUUAAUAAAAAUGUAGACUUAGAAAUAAAAAGAAAAUUUUUGUGUCCUGCA